AUGACACACUAUCCUAUGCCAGAUGUUUUUGUUUAUCCACCAGAGGAAGAUGACUGUCCACCGUUUUGCUGUUUCUACGCUUCCCAAGCCAUCCCAUCCAAUUCACCAACUCAGGCCGACCUCGACGCUCCUGGUUCAGCCCUCGACUUCGUCUCUCGGUCCAUUCAUUAUGACACACCAGAACUCUAUUGCAAAGACUUGAAUUCUCCAGACGUCCGCGUCAUGCCCCGGAGGCAUAACCCUAUCAUCAACCAUCGUGAGGAGGAGCAGUGCUAUCCAGACAACGAUAUCACCAUUCGUGGUAGUUCACCGGGAAAUGACUCAGAAAUAGUGGAGGUGGUCAAAGUCAGGAGGCGUAGCGAAACCGUUCGUUCGGCCUCUGACUCGACAUCUAACCAGCCUAAGGGCCUGAAGGCUCGAGCCUCUCGUGCUUUCAGCACUUUACGGAAGGUUAGCCGCUCUGCAUCGCGCAGUAGGAAGAGUGAAGAAGAAACGGUUGAAACAUCGUCUCGAGCUCCCUCUCCUUCUCCCAUGCCGCGAAGACCAUCUACGGCUCUCGCAAGUUUAUUCACGCGUUCGCCGUCAUUGAGAUCUAGCACUUCAUUCGAGUCGUUCAAUGAACAGACAAUUCCUCCCACCCCUACAUCAUCUGCUCCGCCCAAAAUCUCUACCGAGACUGCCCUCAGUAACACAAUACACACACCCACAUCUGGAGACAUGCAUAACUUUGUUCCCUAUACGAGCGAUUCGGAGGAUGAUGACAACGAAGAUGAACCGAACGUUCGCCACGAUGACCCUCAACACACACCUCGUGCAACGCGAUGUGUCGCAACUCCUACAUCCCAAUCAUUCAAAGCUGGUCGUCGCCGGUUCUCCGUUAUGAACCUCUUUUCUUCGUUCUCCGCUUCAGAGCCUUCUUCCUCCGUCACGAUUGUAUCUCCAUCUGUCGCAACACUUCCCCUCAUGUCGAGAGAUUCACUAGGGCCUUCUUCGGAUUCAUGCGAGACGUCAUCUUCAGCGUCGUCGACAGGCCCAACGACGCCUGUCGAAGAAACAUUUCCGCCUCUCCACCAGAGUCGAACAAGCAGUGGUACUUUACUCAAAAGAUUACCUUCACUCACCAAAAAGAAGGAUAAUCGUCGCGGCUCGCUAUCGGAAACGCAAUUCCCUGUUGCCGCUGUUGAAGUCAUCACUCGUAAACCUCGGGAGCUAGAGGAUAUCGGCGACGUCUCGCUCGGAGAGAUGCAGCUCGAUUCGCUCCAUUUUUCUGAGCUAAGCUUCGACGUGGACAGGUUUUAG